AUGUUCCUUGCAUGUGCAGGGACCUUGGUCCUCAACUGUAUGGGAAAGCUGAUCAACAAUAUCAUGACGGCUGUUUUCUUUGAGCUCUCGGGCGUUUUGCCCACAGAGCAGGCCCUAUCUUUGCUCAAGGAUGCGGUGAAGAAGACCUACAAGAACAAGGGUGAUGCCAUUGUCAACCAGAACAUCAAAGCGGUGGAGGCAGCUAUUGAGGCCUUACGCACUGUGCAGUAUGACGCAGCGAAGUGGGCAGCUAUCGAUUGCGACCGGGAAUCCUUCUAUGCCAAGGAGCGCGAUUCGGAACCACCUACUUACGUGACUGAUGUGUUGGACAAGGUCCAAACAAUGCGUGGUCAUGAGUUGAAGGUCAGCGAAGUUGAGGUGGAUGGCUGCGUCCCACUCUCCCAGACACGUUUUGCAAAGCGUGGUGUCGCCGAGUCUGUGCCAGUGGUUGACAUGGACAAGUGCAUUCAGUGCAACGUUUGCAGCGCCAUUUGCCCACAUGCAGUGAUCCGACCCUUUCUGCUUUCGAAUAUGGAAUUACAGAAGGCGCCCUCCUCUUUUGACGCCCGCAAGGCCACAGGUGGAAACACCUAUGCAGGGCUGCACUUCCGAAUCCAAGCCUCGCCGAACGAUUGCACAGGUUGUGAGGUUUGCACCAACGCCUGCCCUGUGGGAGCGUUGAGCAUGAUGCCUCGGCUCGACACUUUGGAGAAGGGGCAUGGUGCCAACUGGGACUAUGCAAUGUCUGUUCCAAAUCGUGGCCAGCGUUUUGAUGCAAACACACUGAAAGGAUCGCAGUUCCAGGAGCCGCUCUUGGAGUUCUCUGGUGCCUGCGAGGGCUGUGGCGAGACACCAUAUGCAAAGCUGGUGACCCAAAUGUUCGGAAAGCGCCUCAUUGUAGCCAAUGCCACAGGUUGCAGCAGCAUUUGGGGCGGCACUGCUGGGUGGGUUCCAUAUGCUACAGAUAAGGAAACUGGCAAGGGGGCUGCGUGGGGCAACUCUCUUUUCGAAGACAAUGCAGAGUAUGGCCUUGGCCAGGUCAUCCACGUCAGGCAGCGACGGCGCCAGCUACGAGACCGCGUUGAAGCAGCUCUCGCACGAGCUGGAAAGGCCAUGAGCAUCGCUUUGAGGAGCCUCUUGGAGCAGUGGCUGGAGUUUGGCGAGGAUGGAAGCAUCUCUGAGAGAUUAUCUGACGAGCUGCAGCCACUGCUGGAAGAAGAGAAAGGGAAGGCGAAGGAGAUUGCCGAGAUUGUCCGCCUAAAGGACCUGUUCACUAAGCCUUCCAUGUGGAUGUUUGGCGGUGACGGCUGGGCAAAUGACAUUGGCUAUGGUGGCAUUGACCAUGCGAUUGCCAGCGGAAACAAUGUGAAGAUCGUCGUCCUUGACACGGAGGUCUACAGCAACACUGGCGGUCAGUCAUCCAAGUCCACUCCGAUGGGUGCUGUUGCCAAAUUUGCCCAGGCUGGCAGAGACCAGCGGAAAAAGGACCUUGGCGCAAUGGCAAUGGCAUAUCAGCAUGUCUACGUGGCUUCCGUCGCUAUUGGUGCGAACUACAAGCAGACUGUGGAAGCAUUUGCAGAAGCCGAGAAAUACGAUGGCCCUGCUCUCCUCCUUUGCUAUGCUCCUUGCAUUGAGCACCGUUUCUUCAAGACAGGCCUCUCCGCAAUGUCACUCGAUCAGAAGGAUGCUGUUGAGUGUGGCUACUGGCCCCUCUACCGCUUCAACCCCAGACUGGCCCGGGAUGGCAACAAUCCGUUCAUUCUGGAUUCAAAAAAAGUGACGGGAGAUGUGAUGAAAUUUUUGAACCGGCAGAAUCGCUAUGCACAGCUGGUACGCUCAAGUCCUGCUGUGGCAGAGAAACUCCAAGGAGAAUUGCAGGUCUACCUGAAGCAGCGCCACUCUGCGUUGCGAGAGAAGGCAGCAGCUGACCUCUCCAAGGAGGCGGCUUCUCUCAAGGACGGUUUGAAGGAAGCCAAAAGCGCAGCAGAGCAGGUUCUCAUCACAUUUGGCUCAGACACUGGGGUCACAGAGCAUGUGGCCAAAAAGUUUGCAGGCUUCAGUGCUGUUGGAGGGUUCAGUGAAGUGAACUGCCGAUUUCCUUUGCCGCGAGUGUGCGAUCUGGACGAGUUGAGUGACAUUGAAGAACUGAAGGCUGCAUGCGCAGGGGCCAUUUGCGUGGUGAUGUGUUCCACUUGUGGCCACGGAGACUUCCCCCAGAAUGCAGGGCUCUUUUGGAGCAGCCUUUCAGCGCAGAAUUUGGCAAGCAAGGAGCUGAGCGGUUUGCGCUUCUGUGUGUUUGGAAUGGGAGACCGCAGCUAUGCAGAUUCCUUCUGUGAAGCUGCAAAGAAGAUUGAAGAUCGGAUGCGAGAGCUUGGAGCCGAAAGAUUGCUGGACAUGGGUAUCGGAGAUGAUCGAGACGAGGACAAGUGGGAGACGGGCUUCCAGAAGUGGUUGCCCAAGCUUUGGCUUACUCUCAAGGCAUCGGAGCCACAGGAUGAUGGUAGGCCAAAGGAGCCGCUUUUCGAGGUGAAGUACCACGAAAUGGCCGCGCUGCAGACCUCCCCUCUUGUGCCACCGGGCUCACAGUUGCUGCGAGUGGCGGAGAACAGACGUCUGACGCCCUCUGGCUACGAGCGUGAUAUCCGACAUGUUGCACUGAGCCUUGAGGGAGCUGACUUUCCUUUCGACUUGGGAGACGCUGUUGCCAUCUAUCCUGAGAAUCUGGCCAAGGAAGCACUGGCGUUUUUGGACUUAGAUGGUGAUCGAGUGAUUUCUGUGAAGUGCUCUGAGCACGUCUCCGAGCGCCACCGACGAGCCUUUGAGCGGCGUGUAACGGUGCGCCAAGUCCUGACGACUCUUGGCGGUACAAAGUGA